AUGUCAUUAUACUUUAGAAUUAAAAGAAAUGAACAAACUAUAUUUUUAUCAGCAGAACCAAAUGAUACAAUUUUAAAAUUAAAGAAUGACGUUGCAAAUAUUAAUAAGUUGACAGAUGGUAAUAUCUCUGAAUACAUUAGAUUCUUUUUCGGUGGAAGCCCAUUAGAUGAUAAAAAGACAAUCUCUCAACUCCAUGUCCCAAAUGACUCUAUAAUUUUUAUGUAUUUAACUAUUUUUCUUACUUUAUUCAAUAAUAAUACUAAAUAUACUAAUUCACCCUAUAAACUUUUAACUAAAAAUAAAAAUAAUAAUGAUAAUAAUACAGGUGAUUCAUACGAAGAAAUUGCCCCAUCACUCCUUAAUCCAUAA